AGAACCUGGAGAAUAACAAGAUGUUAGUAAGGAUAAUCAACAAAACAUUGCCAAAAGCCCCAAAAAAGAUCAGACAUCCAAAGGAAGGUCGUUUCAACUCGCAUCGGGCCGACCCCCGCAUCCCGCCCAGCGCACACCACGAAUGGCGGCCAAGAACUCCUCAAUGCCUUUUGGGUUCAGCACGAGGAGGUGGAAUAUAG